AUGUUUGUUGGCUCAAAACUCUCCACAAACUAUCUUAAAGUUCAUAAUGCUGCACGUGCAAUAGUUGGAGUUGAACCUUUAGUAUGGGACUCUGAGUUAGAAUCAUAUGCUAACAAAUUCUUGAAUAGGCAUACUGUAGACUGUUUGAGGGUGGAACAGAUUCAGUAUACUCUCUAUGGCCGGAACUUUGCAUCAUAUGAUUCCUCAUUUGAAAGCUUUUCCGGUGCAGAUGCCGUGGCAUCAUGGGUGGAACAGAGACAAAACUAUGACUACAAAUCCAACUCUUGCAUUGAUGGUACCCCUACAUGUCUUACCUACAUUCAGGUUGUUUCCAAGGCAUCUACUCAUUUAGGGUGUGCUAGAGUCAAGUGCAUCAAUGGAGACACUCUGGUUGGGUGUUACUAUCACCCUGCUCUUAUUGCAGGUCAACGCCCCUAUUGA